AUGCCUAAAGUUAGGAAUUUGAAGAAUUCAGCGUCGCGUAAGCGUACAAGUAUUCGUUACCGGGAUGCGGUUCUUGGCGUUAUAUCUCAGCUAGAUGUUAAUGAACUUGCUCUGUUCUUCGCAUUGUUGAUGAAGCCUUUGAACAUCAUAACAGAGGAAACAACGGACUUGUUUUGGAGCUCAGGCAAAAGCUCUCUGGAUUAUUUCCAAAAGUCGAAUUUACUCAAAUCAAUCAAGGCCGAUACUAUUUCGACCUUAUCCUGGAAGAAGAAAUCUGGUUUUCUUCAUGUCAUACAACAUAUACUUGAAGUCUUUGAUGUAUUCCAUGUCCGACCAUUUCUAGACUUUCUGAUGGGAUGUGUUGUCCGGCUAUUGAUAACCUAUGAUCCAAAUAUCGAUGAAGAGAAGAGCAUUGAUAAAGAGAUUGUUGCAACAAAUCAAGAACAGGCUGGCACUUCUUUAAAGCAGUUUAAAGAGUUGAGAUCCUUAUGUCUGAAGGUUAUUGCUCGUGUUCUUGAAAAGUACGAGGAUUGUGAUCUUGGCUGUGAGUUCUGGGAACUCUUCUUUUCAGCAGUGAAUUCGUUAAUCAAGAGUUUUAAGCAGGAGGGUUCUAGCAGUGAGAAACCCAGCUCAUUGUUCGCAUGCUUCUUGUCAAUGAGUAAAAGCCGCAGUCUCGUCACUUUCUUAUGUCGGGAAGAGUCUCUUGUUCCAGACAUUUUUUCAAUUCUAACAGUGACCACAGCUUCAGAAGCUAUAAAGUCCUCUGCCUUGAGUUUCAUAGAGAAUCUGCUCAGUCUUGAGAGUGACUUGGAUGAUGAUGACCAUAUGAUCAAAGGAUUCUUAGAUCCAUAUAUAGAGGCACUGAUUAACAGCUUGCAUUCUCUCUUCCUUGUGGAUAUUUUGAAAAGGAAAUCAGUCAAGUAUCAUGGAGCAAGAGAGAUUAAGAUUCUUAAACUAUUGUCGAAGCACAUGCGAGAUGGGUCUCAUGUUAUUAAGUAUUUGGAUAUCUUGCUGUCUUUCUUGGAUCAAAGUGUGAAAGAUUCUGAUAUUCAUCGUGAGGCUUUGCUAGCCAUUCAGGACAUCACAUUGUUGCUUAGGGCUGAGAAUACCACCAAAAUUAUUAAUAUUGUGUCUCCUCUGCUUGUUGACGCUGAAAUUAAUGUUAGAUUAUGCAUUUGUUAUCUUCUUGAAUCUCUUGCAAAAAUCGACUUUUCUCUGGAUCAUGUGGCAAAAUGUGUCCGCGAAAUGAAUGCCAUCUCACCGAUGGAAGUUGAUGACCUUGACUAUGAAACUAUAGUUAAUGCAUAUGGCAAGAUCGAUGCGGAUUUCUUUAAUAAAACCCUGCCACAGCACAUGAUGAUAAUACUCUCACAGUGUAUAUACAACAUAUCAUCAGAAGAACUUUCCUUAAAAGACAGCGCACGUAACCUCUUGGGUUCUUUCAUUGAAUUUUUGGCCUCAAUACUUUGCCAAGAAGGUUCAGGUCAGUCUGAUAUUGGCAAAGAAGUUGCAAAAGCUGAUGCAAGCUGGACAAGAGAUGGUAUAUUGUGGAUUGUGAAUAAGUUUCUUCUGCAACACAUUGGAGAUGCAAUAAACAGAGGAAAUUCUAAUGGAAAGGAGGAGAUUCUUUUGAUACGCAAAAUGGUGGUAAAACUUCCAGAUGCUGGAAAUUUGGCUGCAUUCAGACCUUUGUGCUCGGAAGACGAUGAAGUGGAUUUCUUUAAAAACAUUUUCAGUAUUCAGACACACCGUAGAGCAAGGGCAAUCAAACGUUUCGCAAAGGUGAUCAAAGAUGGCAGUCUGCCUGAGGGAGUAGUGAGAAAUUUUUUUGUCUCGGUCUUUUUCAACAUGUUGCUUGGUGGAGAAGAUGGAAAAAAUAAAAACGUCCAAGAUGCAUGCAAAGAAGCCCUUGCAUCUGUAUCUACUCAUAUGAGUUGGAAUUCGUAUUAUGCUCUGUUGAAUAGGUGUUUCCGUGAGAUGAAGAAGCAUACCAAGAAGAGAAAACUUCUGCUGCAGCUUAUUGGCUUGAUUUUAGAUCACUUCCAUUUUUCAAAAGAUGAUUACCCACAGGAGGCUGCAGAGAUUAGAGCUUGCAUUGAAAAAACGUUCCUCAAGGUACAGAAGCUGAUGGAUCCUGACUCUGACAGCAUUCAUGUUGACAGCUACGUGACUGCGGUGAAAGUUCUAAAGCAUCUCCCGACAGAAAUGAUGGACGCACAGCUAGACUCUGUUGUUUCUAAAAUAUCCAGUUAUUUGAAGAGCAAGUUGACGGGCACACGCGAUAAAGCCAGAAUGGCUCUGGCUUCUUGUUUGGAGGAAAUUGGGCUGGAGUACCUGCAAUUUGUUGUAAAAAAUCUACGUGCUAGAUUAACACGAGGAUCUGAGGUGAAUGUGCUGGGAUACACUGUCAAUUUUAUCUUAUCAAAGUGCCUGUCUAAUCCCACGGGUGGGAAGUUGGAUCAUUGUUUGGGAGAUCUCCUUGCUGUUGUGAAAACCGAUAUCCUUAGAGUUGUUGAUGAACAGAAUGAGGGGAGAGUAUUCAAGAUGAAGAAAGAAAAAAAAGCGUGCAAGUCGCUUGAAACUUCAAAACUGAUUGCUGAAAAUGUAACGUUCAGAAGUCAUGCAUUGGAGUUACUUUCUCCGGUCACUGGGCAUCUGCAGAGGCAUCUGACUCCAAAGUUCAAAUCAAGACUGGAGGAGAUGUUAAAGUAUAUUGCAGCUGGUAUUGAAGGCAAUCCAUCUGUUGAUGAAGAGGAUUUUUUUUGCUUUGUUUAUGACCGUGUUUAUGAUGGUAUUAACGACAGUAGUGAUCUUGGACCAUCCAAAAACCAAAGGAAAUCAAGAGAUCUUCAAAAGACUGCUUGUGCUAAAUCAUGUCCACAUCUUCUAACCGUGUUUGCUCUGGACUUGUUGCACAGUAGACUGAAGAAAAUGAAUCUUAACAAUAACAAUAAAGUGCUCUUGUCGAAGCUGGAUCCUUUUGUCAAACUACUUGUUGGGUGCUUGAGCUCUAAGUACGAAGAUGUUGUAUCUUCAUCUGUUAGAUGUUUCACUGCUUUGGUAAAGUUACAACUGCCUUCCCUCAUUUCUGAAGAAGAUAAAGUGAAGACAGCAGUGCUAAACCUUGCUCAGUCUGCAUUGAAAAUGUUGAUUCAGUUUGAUCUGGAAUCAGAUUCAUCUGAGGAUUCAUAUAUUACUUAUCUUUCACUUAUCAAGGCCAUUGUGGGAAGGAAGCUUGCAGUUCCAAAGCUAUAUGAUAUAGCAAAUCAGGUUUCAGCUGUGAUGAUAAAAACUCAGUCGGAACCAAUCCGCAAGAAUUGUAAAGACUUGCUAUUGAAAUUUUUGGUACAUUAUACACUUUCUGAGAAAUGCCUAGAAGGACAUGUUCAGUUUCUGCAGAAAAAUCUGAGCUAUGAACAUCCAGCUGGAAGACAAGCAGUUCUUGACAUGCUUCAAGCGCUAAUAGAGAAAGUGAAAUCCUCAGAACCUAAUCUCGGCAAGCAGUCAGUUCUUGACAGGCAGUCUCAAAACUUGUUUCUUGAGCUGGCUCAUCGUUUGGCAACCGAUGAUGCCAAAGAAGUGCUAUCCAAGAUUGGUGGUGUGAUAAAACUUCUGAUAGGUUGCAUCAGUAAAAAUCAAGUUGAUUCCAGUCUCGAGCUUUGUCUUGUCUGGUAUAAGCAGGAAGACUCACGGGCUAAAGCAGCACAGGUACUUGGAUUGUUCAUUGAAGCCCGGAAGGAAGCAUUUUCAAAGCAUAUCCGCAGUAUAUUAUUGCAGGAGGUUAAAACGAUUUUGGAGUCUGCUGUACAGUUGCAAGAUGCUGUUGAUGAAGGCAGGGUUCCUUCCUGGAGGGAAGCAUACUAUUCAGUGGUUAUGAUAGAGAAGAUGCUCCAGCAGUUUCCUGAUUUAUGUUUUGCAAAAGGUUUAGAGGUUGUUUGGAAAAUGGUGUUUAAGUUGUUGCUUCACCCACAUGAAUGGUUGCGAACUAUAACCUGCCGGCUGCUGAAUUAUUAUUUUAAGGAAUUAGGUGCGAGGAAAAGAGGAAAAUCUCAGAAUUUAGUAGCUGAUUCUCUUCUCGAGAAGCCAAGUAGCCUUUUCAUGGUAGCUGCUUCUCUUUGCUUCCAGCUCAAGGUGCACCGCAGCACAGGCAACAUAAACGAUGAUACCACUGGAGAAGAUAUUGUUACCAAAAAUAUUGUUUUUGCGGUCUCCAGUCUUCAUUCUAUGAUUGGACAAUCAGAGCAUGAGUACUGGUCCAGUCUUGACAAGGAUGAGCAAGUGAAGUUCCUUAAAGCCUUUGUAGUAUUUGAUGCAGGGAAUGUAAGGUCUACUUUCCUGGCUCUUACUUCAGGCAACCUAAGCGAGAAUGGCAAAGAUGAUGUGAGAAAUGUAUUGAUUGGAAGUCUGCUGAAAAGAAUGGGGAAGCUUGCUCUUGAUAUGGGGUCUCUUCAGAUGAGAAUUGUGUUCAACGCCUUCAGAAUUCUGCUUCCGUUGUACAAAGUUUGCCAAGGAUUUACCGGAAAAGUCAUUUCAGUUGAGUUGAAAGAGCUAGCAGAAGGGGUAAGAGACAGUAUAAGAGACAAGAGCAUAGGCAGCCAUAUGUUUGUGCAAGUUUACAGAGAUAUCAUAAACAGUUUGGAAACGAAAAGAAAGAAGAGGAAGCGAGAGGAGAAGCUAAUGGCGGUGAUAAACCCUGAGAGAAACGCAAAGAGGAAACUUAAGCUAGCUGCAAAGAACAAGGCUAACAAAAAAAGAAAGAUUAUGAGCAAUAAAAUGAGCAGAUGGGCACGCUCUUGA